AGAGGGAGAGAUAUUAGAAAUUUGCUGAUUAUGUAUUGGUUGUGAUGGCAUUUUUGAAUCAGUUGUACGCAGCAGUGUGUUUCACUUUUCUAAAAUCUACUCCCCCUGCCUCCCAAGUGAUAAACUCUAGCUAUUGCAAUUUGCAAGAUCACAUUCUAGUUAAUAAAUAGAGACAUUUUGUUCUGAUAACUUUUACACAUCUGUUAUGUUCAAAUGUAGACCAAAACUUCUUGUCUUAAUCUAUCUUCCUUGUCAUUUUAUUCUGAAGAAACAAGAAAUUUUGCCUUCCUGGAUCAUUAAAUGGACAGAGUGAUGGUGAAGCCUCAUCAUAUUGCCUUUGUUACAAACUGUUACUUCUAUUCUUGCAGCAGAAUCUAUUUUAAAGGGUGACUCUGUAAUAACAAUAAUAAAAAUAAUAAUUCAUCAGGCUGCUUAUUGAAUUCAGAUCUAUGAAAAUAAUACAGGAAAAUGCCUUUUACAACCUGUUUUCCCUCCUGAAAAUCUUAAGAGAGAAAAGUUAUCGCAAAGGAUUUUCACUUAGUGCUUGAGAAGUUGUUGCAAAGACUGAAGGGGUUAGUCAUGGAAAACUGCGGCCUAAUACAGUAGCAUAGACAUAUUUGACUCCCAGUUAUCUGCAGAAAAGCCCUUGACACUAAGGUGCCAAAACAAAAUUUUCAGGGCUGAUGCACAAGUAUCUUUGCACCAUAUUUAGUAUGAGGCAUUCAUGAGGUAUUAUGAAGGCAUCAUGAAUACACACUGAAUGCUACACCUUUUGUGUUUGCCUGUAUAGGAAAACCAAUUGAAAAUAUCCUUUACUCCCAGCUUUUCCCUCACACCUUCUCUUUGCAUAUGGAUAACAUAACUCAAGAUAUACAUGCAGCCAGAAGUAUUUCUGUUCUGAAAAAAUCUACCGUCUGCACAAGAAGAUAGCAAGAACAGCUCAGUCAUUACAGUGUAUUUCCAUUCUGUUGUUAUUUUGCAAACAGGAAACUCUGAAAUUUACACAGGAACAGGAACAGCUACCACAGAAAUUCCUCUCUUGCAAUUUCCUUCUGACUCACCAUGUCACCACAACAUGAAUCACCAUGUCUGGGCAACUGCUGUGUUACAGAGAGUCAGUCACCGUCUGAAGACGUUUAAGGACUACAGCUCAGCACUGGAAGAAGGCAAAUGACUAGAGAUAGAGAGUGAGGAUGGAUAAGCCAUUUCUGCACUGUGAUCUCUGCAUACCCUGCAAGAGCAGAGAGAUCCUCAGUGUUGCCUUGUCUUUCUCUGACCCAGGCUGAGUGGCCAUAUCAAUCCUGUCAAGCUCCUGGUUCCACCAUCCUGUCAGCUCAGUUUUUCUUCUCUCCUCAGCACUUUGAACUUACUUUCUUUCUCUCUCUUUCUUUUCUUUCAUUCUCUCUUUCUUUCUCUCUUUUUCUUUCUUUCUUUCUUUCUUUCUUUCUUUUUCUUCCUUCCUUCCUUCCUUCCUUCCUUCCUUCCUUUCUUUCUUUCUUUCUCUUUCUUUCUUUUUCUUCCUUCCUUCCUUCCUUCCUUCCUUUUUCUUUCUCUUUUUCUUUCUUUCUUUUUCUUUCUUCUUUCUUCGCUCUUUCGCUCUUUCUCUUUCUCUUUCUCUUUCUCUUUCUCUUUCUCUUUCUCUUUCUCUUUCUCUUUCUCUUUCUCUUUCUUUCUCUUUCUCUCUUUCUCUCUCUCAUCCUUUCUUUUCUUUUUCUUUCUUUCUCUUUCUUUCUUUCUUUCUCUCUCUCUCUCUCUCUUUCUUUCUCUCUCUCUCUCUCUUUCUUUCUCCCUUCCUUCCUUCCUUCCUUCCUUCCUUCCUUCCUUCCUUCCUUCCUUCCUUCCUUCCUUCUUUCCUUCCAUUUCACUGCUGUAUCACUCACUUCCUUUUCUGCUAAAGGGUUUCUAUUAAGCUCUUUCCACCUGGCAGUCUCUCACCCCUCAGAAGAGAAACCCCUGCUCCUGAAAUAUGCUUCUCAGCUCCACAUAUUGCUCUGUUGUGUCUGGGGAGGAGCAAAGCUCUUUUCUUAUAAAAUAUCCCACAGAAUUGACUGCACACCUCCCAGGAUGUGUAUGUAUUAACUUGCAGACUUCCUACUUGCCUGCUCACAACCCUUCUUAACAUAAAAAAACAAACAUCAUCUAUCAUAAUCACUCAGAAUUCAGUGCCAAGAUACACGGAGAUCCCUGUUAGCCUUUCUUGAUAAAUCAGGUACUCUCAUCCUCUCCACUUGUUACUUGCCUUCUAUAUCUGAUUUGAUUAUUUUUUCAGAUUCAGAGAUUAGGAUUUUCCCCUAAUGGUCCUCUUUCUGGAUCUUCCUAACUGGAUCCCAGUCUAAAUAUGCACAAGGAAGUUAGAGGAGCAUGGCUUGAAGUACCAUUGACUGUAUUUGUAGCAUUUAUUUCAGUGAAAGUUUGCAAAAUAAUUUAAUUUUUCAUUUCUUUCUUAGUAGCAUUUGGAAAUGCAACCUAUUGCUCUCAAUGCAGCUCUUGUGCUAUAUUUGUGCUCUGAUGCUUAAACAGUUAUCUCUCACACCGUAACUCAAAAUAGCAACUAUUUUGAGAGCAUUGUAUUUCAAGGAGGUAGAAAAUCCUAAUGUUUGCUGUAUUUACAGGAUCAGAUCAGAUAGGUAGUUGAGGUAAACAGUCUUAGGCUCCAGUCAGGAACCAAGACUCCUGGUCUUCAUGUUCAAGAAGAAAUUAUUACCCAUCCUUGACAGAGUAAUUUUAUCUUCUUAACAUGCUUUCAAUGUAUUACACUUUCACUAUGAUACAGUAAUCAGAACACAGCCAGCUUCCUUCGUGGUUUCACUGAAAAUGCUGAAAUGUAAACCAUUCCCAUUGCUCCAGCUUUGGUCUUGCUGCAGCGUGCCCCAUCUCCCAAGUACUGCUGUUGCAGGAAAAAAGUGUGACAAGCUGGAGAUGGAGGAUGAGGAAGGCUACACCACAUUAAAUUUACGACCACCAGCUUCAGUUAUUACUCGUGGAUAUUCAAACAGCAACAAAUAUCCUGCAUUUAAUGCUCCAGUCAAUUGUGGUACAGUAGACAGAGUCUCUGCCUCAUCUGCCAAAAGGUGGCCAGUGGCUUUUGCUUUCUUCAUUUUGAGCCUGGUGUUGCUCAUGGGGCUGGUGGCCUUGCUGUUCCUGUUUUUUCAGGUUCCUAAGGAUUCUGCAGAAGGAAAGAAGCUGCAGGAAAUGAGGGAAGCAUUGUGUUCUGAAGGGAAAGAGAACAAUGAAACAAAAUGUGCUCUCUGUCCAGCAAGCUGGCAAAGCAGUGGAGCUGACAGCUGCUUCUACAUUUCAAAGCAGAAGAAAACAUGGAAGGAAAGCCAGGAGUUCUGUUCCUCUAGAAACUCUACUCUUCUUGUGCUGAAAGACAAAGCAAAGAUGGUCUCUCUGCCACAGGAUUCACAGUUUUAUUGGGUUGGAUUAUCAUACAUCUCUGAAAAGAAUGGCUGGUACUGGGAAGAUGGAACAGCUCUUUCAAGAGAAGCCAAAACUUGGACAGUGUUAUAUGAACACAUCUUCUGCGCUUCCUUAUACGGACGGAUCAUUUAUGCCAGUAACUCCUGUUUGACAAAGCAAUUCUGGAUCUGUGAGAAAGGUGCUAUUCAUUUUGCCUGAAGAAGCACUGCAAGUAGGGAUGCAGGUUCUGUCACUGUUAUAUAUCAUUUCUAGGAACCAGAUGUUUUAAAUGUAUUUUUAUUUUAGUUUGUUUAUCAUACAGCUUUCUCAGAAUGGUGAUCCAAAUAGAUAGAUCAGUAGAGACAAAACUUGCUCUUUGCCUGCAUUUUAUCUCCUAGGCUUAUGAAUGAGAGAAAAAAUCUACAAGCUAAAAGCUAAAAACAUAGGAGUUACUUUUAGAGAGUUAGCUACAGUCAAGAAAUGAUACUUGCAUGACUGUCUAGAAGGUCAACCACACAUUCUCUUAGAUCUUUAUAUUUCUUAAGCCUCACUCAGAAUUUUUUCUUUCCUCAGCAUUUUACACCUGCUAGUCAUAAACCACUCCAACUACAUUCUUGAUGAUUUUACCCACUGAAUUACCGUACACACUAACUAGUACACCCAUAAACCUUUUUUUGACCAUUUUGCCUAGUCAUGCCCUCAUUCCUAAAUCUGUUCUUCCAGCUUUUCCCCUUUUUGAGAUAUAGGAAUAGAGAAAGAACACAAGUGUCUAUUUACCCAUAAAAUUCUCUUUGCAUGUGUACUGAUAUUUAUAGAAACAAAAGGACAUUUGUUAGUAGAGUACAGGGAAUCCCUGGAAGCAAUCUCUUUGAAAAGUAGAGCCAAAUGUCAUAGUGAGAAUAAAAUAUUACCCAAAUAUAAUUUCAGUGCUAUCGUAAAUAUAAUUGCUAUACAAAAAUUGCUAUACAAAAAAAAAUUGUUAUACAAAAGACAGCAAGGAUAGCAAUGACAUGCUCCAUUCAGAGCUACAUUCAAUGAGAGCUCAAGCUAAUGUGCAAUCUAUCGCCACAAAUUUUACUUAUGUUCUUCUGUUGUAUCUACAUUGUUUGGGAUCUCUGGAGCCCAAGGAACAUACUACGUGACAUGUAUUAUCAAAGUACUUGUCAUACUUCCUAGAAUUAAAUGAAAUCUCCAGAUUUCUCAGUGGAGUUUUGUUGCAUGAGUUCUUUGAAGUUCUGUGUAUGGAAAUGGACGUCUGUUUAGUAUCACAUAUGUAAACUUUCCUUGUAUAUAUAUGUAUAUACACCUUGUAUGUAUGUAUGUUUGUUUGUAUAUGCCUUAGUACUUGGAAACUUUCCCUAAAAUAAAUGAAAAAAAAUGCUA